AUGUUUUUAGAGCAAAUUUGCCCUGGACAAGUGAAUCCGGUUUUUCAAGCCAUUCAUACGUUCACUUAUAACAACAACAGAUUCAUUGUCUAUGCAACGGGAUCUAAAAUAGUCAUUUAUGCCGACCCUAACAGACUUGUUCAAAUCAUCACAGCAUCGUCAGUAUUUAACUUACAGACACCUGUCAUGGAACCCAUUACAGCUGUGUCCGGAAGUAGUUUUACAGGAAAAAUUGCUAUUUCAUACAAGAGUCAAAUAGCCAUCAUGAAGCCAAACCAAGACGAUCACUGGACAGUUGAAUGUGCCUUUGAAACAGAGCUAGAGACUAUUCACUGUCUCGACUGGAAUGAGCUACUAAGCGUGGGAGACAUGAUACUACUGUGGAGUUAUCAAGAAGAGAGUUGGAAAUUGACCUGGAAGAAGAAACCUGCGGAUGAGGUUAUUUAUGCUAAAUUUGAACCAAAUUCUAGUUCAUUUGCAGCCAUAUGCAAGUGUGAUAGUAUGGUUACUCUGUGGUAUAAGGAUGGUUUAGAUUACAGCUUCACUUUUCUUCCUCAUCCAGCUCAAGUCACUCAUUUUGCAUGGAGAGUCUCAUCUUGCACAAAGGAAGAUGACUGUACAUUAUUCACAAUGGCACGCGAUGGCAUUGGAAGAUUCUGGAGCCCAGUUAGCUUGGAUAAACCGCACAUAUUGUACAUGUGCGCUGUCAUUGACUCAAAUCAAUCGCUUGUUACCAGUGAGAACGAUGAUUUGGAGAACAAGGAAGAUUUUUCACCCAUUCACUAUAUUGGCUGCGAUGAACUCUUAAAUGCUAUUCACGCUCAAUUCAAGUCUCACUCGAGGCAUGAUCGCUUUGAUCAAAGGCUUGAAAGGAUCAGAGAUCGUGUAAAAGAUACCCCAGAUUUACUAUUUAGAAUACAAGCGGAUGGCUCUUUGACUUUGUGGGGAGUGCAGCAUCUCAAUACUUGGCCACGAAGGAUUCCUAGAGUCUUUGUUGUCUUGAGAGUUGCAAGAGCAAUCGAUCCGCUUCAUUACAUUUACUUUCUAAACCCAACCCAUAUCCUGCAUGAUUAUUCUCACAUACAAUCUUCUUCUACUAUUAAGCCCAUAGAGCUUUCGCUUGUAGCUUAUAAUUCGCAUGGACAGUUAAGAUGCUACAGCUUAAAUCUAGUAGACUUUUUAGAUAGUACAUCUUUUUCACCAAAAUUACACCUGAAAUAUUCCUGGUUAGGACAUCAGCAUGCAAUUUCCAAACUGUAUCAAACACACAAGAAUAGAUUUUGUACCAUUGGUAUUGAUGGACAGAUCAAUGUCUGGAAGUAUGAACUACGAGAUACAUGCAACCGAGUCACCAGUGAGCUCCAAAUGGAUUGUUCGUUAUCUGUUCGUUCUAGUAGCAUUCUAGCUGCUCCUGUUGGAAAAGAAAAAUAUGUGGCAGUCUAUGACGGAAGACAAAUACAAAUAUAUGGUUUUGACCUACAAGACUGUCAUGUUCACCAAAGCACCAAAACAUGUCCAGUAGAUGGAGAUUUGUUACCGCUUUCUGAUCUAUUUGUGUAUAACAUAGAAGACGAGGCUACAACAGAAAUAAAAUCUCAUAUUUUAAUCGGCAUCUCCGCUACAGAAAAUGUAAUAUAUUCCUGGGAACUCAUCCUUAGUCAAGAUGAUUUUGAUAUCAAGUCAAGAGGUAAGCAAGAGAUGAACUGGGAAGAGCCUCCGGUCAAGGCAGUAUCUGCAAGCCAAUGGGCAACAAAUACAGCCUCUAAACUGUUUCAUCGACUGACGUUUGAUAAACGUGUGGCCAUGGCUUUAUGCGUUGGUUCAACUAUUAUAUUCUACAGUAUGCAUCUUCCUUCUAAUGACGGUAUCAUUGAAUGGAAUACGUUGUAUUCUAUUCAAGUUUCUUCUUCAUUAUUACCUAUUCAUCAUAUCAAAUUCUGUUCUCCUAAUACGCUGGCUGUCGUCUCUGGCAAUGACUCGACUCAGCUAUCUAUUUGGUCCGAAAUACGCGUUGGGGUUGCUCCUGUAUGUGAAAGAACGUUACAUUUCAAACAAACCAUAAAAGAUAUUGCUUGGAAUGUGACAUCAGAUGCACAGUUUAUCUUGGCUAUUGCCUUUACUGAUCGUGUGGCCAUAUACGGACAAAAGCGAGCAACAGGUGUUAGAAGCGAAGUUGAGUGGGUUUGCUACACAGAGUUUAAAGUAGACACCUCAGAGGAUAUUACAGCCUUAGCUUGGGUAGACUAUGGUGUCUUGACCGUGGCAGCUGGUAAUCAGUUGAGAUGUUAUUUGAAAUGGUUAACAGAACAAGAUACAGUGAAUCGAAUCAAGGAACCAAUCAAUAACAAGAUAGAGCCUAUGUCAAGCAUAUAUGACAUAUCAUACGAAAUGAACGGACCAUUACCAUUUUACCAUCCAAGACACUUGAUACACUAUAUUAUGUGGGGUAAAAUGGAGCUUGUUCAUAACGUGUUGUUGACUUUGUACAACUUUCUGAACCAAUUUAUUGAUGAGGAAGAUAAUGUUAUCACUGAGCUUCCUCCCGUAUCAUUUUCCAGGAUGCUAAAGUUACAAAAUUUUAACUCGGCCAAGGAAAAAUUAAAAGGAUACGACAGUUUAUUUGAUGACAGUGAUACAAUUCAGGGUAGCAGUAUAGAUGAAGAUGAGGAUGAGGAAAUCCGAGCUAUGACAGCCAGUGAAGCAAAGAACCUAGCCUACAGCUUAAAAUCUAAAAAUUUACCUGGCUUGACACAGAGCGAUAAGUAUCAGUUGAUCGCAAUGGUCAACGCUAUUGUUGAGAUUUCGAGUCAAGGAGAGUCCAUGGAUGAAAACGGUGCUAGGUUUACUGCAUUGAUAGAAAAUCAUUUCCAUCUAAACAAACAGCUCCCUGAGGAACAACGGCAAAACGAACUACAAGCAAGAGACUUUGUCUGGGCAUUACAUAGUCAAUCCCAAGACUCAUUACUGGACAAGUGCCUUCAACUAUGUGGUAAAAAGUAUGUUUGGGAAGAUGCUAGAUCACUAGGAAUCUUUUUAUGGUUGCAGAAAAUUGAUACUGUGAGAGAGCAAAUGACAGUCAUUGCACGCAACACCUAUCUAUCAAAUGAAGACUUUAGAGAUCCUGUUGACUGUACCUUGUUCUAUUUUGCUCUUCGAAAAAAGAAUCUGGUACAGAGCCUUUGGAGAACAGCAAGCUAUCACAGAGAACAGGCUGCUACACUUCGGUUUUUGGCAAAUGAUUUUACCCAGCCUCGUUGGCAAACUGCUGCUUCUAAAAAUGCGUUUGCUUUGUUGGGAAAACAAAGAUUUCGAUACGCUGCUGCUUUCUUUUUGUUAGCGGAUAAACUAAGGGAUGCUGUAAAUGUUAUUUUAAAGAAUAUUAAGGAUUAUCAGCUUGCAAUCGCUAUCUGCAGAGUAUACGAAGGUGAUCAUAGCCCGUUGUUAAGGGAAAUACUCGAAGGCACGGUGAUUCCAUUAGCUAUAAAGACGAACGAUCGUUGGUUGCUUAGCAUGGCUUAUUGGUUAUUUGAUAAACAGAAAGAAGCAACACGCGCCAUGAUUGUCCCACUCAAUCAAUUUACCAAUCAAAGUGUUGAGCAUGAAGAUUCUGCUGCUGUUGUGCAUGACCCAAAUUCAUUCAUACUAUACAACUACUUGAAAAAGGGGCAGAACCAAGACUUGAGUGUCCCUUAUGAUUUGGAAUACAAUUUCUCUUUACAUGUAGCAAAAGCAUACGAACGACUCGGAUGUCCAUUACUCGCAUUACAUAUUUUAACCAAAUAUCGUAUGUCGCCACCAUCUCUAUCUUCUCAGCCUGAUGAAGCGAAGAACGAGGUAUCUCGUGCAGCAGACCUUUUCAGUAACGAAAACACAACAAAGGUGCCUUCUCGUGCUGAAGAUUUGUUUGCACAAGAAGAUUUAUUUGCAUCAAGUAAUGCUAAACCAGCCUAUGCAGCAAACUUAUUUGAUUAUGAUGAUGAAUUAACUAUUACAAAGCCUUCAAGCAAGAGUCUGUUUGAUGAAGAAGACAAUGAUCUAUUUGCAUCUACGUCAACAAACAACAAACUGUUUGACAGUGACCAAGACAUAUUUGCACAAGGCACUCAGUCUCCAAGUGAUGACUCUGAGUCUCUCAUUAAUGAUGUAAAAGAUGGGAUUUGUGCCUACAAAGCUAUGCUUGUCAUCCGUCUGCUACAGACUUUUUUUCACGCUGCAUCUGCAAUUUACAAUGGUUAUCAAGAGCCUGACAAUAUACACGAAAUAAAAUACCGGUCGCGAUUCUUGCAAAAUAGAAACGCUAUACUAGAACUUGGACAAUCGGUCAAGAUUCCACCUCACAUUUCGUCUCGGCUCUUGAUGGAAAAAAGCAUUGAAGCUGACGUAUUCCCCUUAUACCUUUAUAUCUUGAACGAAGGUGUACCUGAAAACUUUGAUGUUCAUCAAUUUUUAAGAGCAUUUAAGGUUGGAUGCUUUGAAGUGAACGAAGUAGCUCUUAUGCCUCAAGAUCUUGAUUAUGCUACACUUGUGUUUGUCGAACACUGGACAGAGCAUGUCAUCAAGACCUUUCAUAUCUGGAGCCGACUUAGAUCCCAUUACUGCAAUCCAGAAACUGCUACUUUAACUACAAAACAGAUUGCUCUUACAACUUAUAUUAGCGCCAUUCUUGUCACUCUAAAAGAAAGACAAUAUGAAAAAUGCUGGCGACUCUUAUAUCAUUUAAAGCACUUUUUGGAUACUGUAGGAACAGAGACUAACAGCGAGGCUGCUAUCUCAAAUUGCUUCAGUCAGUUGUUGAAUAGCGAUACCAAGAUGAUUGAGAUGGUGCCUGAGGAUUUUGAUAGCUUCUCUGAUGGUAGCAGCAUGUUUGGCUUUGAUAUGCUCGAAGAAGUGUAUCGUCCUUUGAUCGAUUCUCAAGAUAACUCUGUAGCUGCUAACCUUCUGGAAGUUGCUUCUCUGAACUAUAUGUUAUCGUCAGUGGAGCAUGCAAUGCAAUGUCAAGGAAGGCACCAUAAUCUUGGAGAACUGUUGUCAGAUUUCACAUGGACAACCAUAUUGGAUCCAAUUGCUUAUAGAGCUCAUUGUUUAAAGAAUACGAUUACUGAACAACUAGAAGGCAAUAUGAAUAAGCAUAACGUACUGAAACAAUUCAAGACGCUGCGUCAAAGGAAGUACUGGCAUUCUAUCAAGAGCCUCAGUUCUCCCGACAGACUCUUGCCGUUUAUUAAUUCUCUUGCAAAUGAUCAACAUUUGCAAUUCUGUAAUGUAUAUCAUUCCCCAAGCACCGCCUACGCCUUUAGCAUUGAUUCCUCUACAGGAAAUACCUUAGCGAUAUGCUUAAAAUCAGAAAUACAAGAAAUUGACCUUUCAAAGGCUCCACACACAGGCAUUCAAUCCCUUUUGAAGGCUAGAUCAAUUUCAUCAUCUGGAUUAGCGCACGAACAACAUUCGGAUAGUUAUCCAGACACAGAAGAGGAUUAUGCUGAAGACUCGUCCGACAAUGAGACUGAAGUUGCUUCUAAUAUGGCAACACCUAAAUCCAUCAGACGCAAGAUAUCUCGAACUUCUACAGCAGCAACACCUACUGCGAUGUCUCCUGCAGGAAGCCGCCCACUAGAGGAGUACGCCCAAAAGACGUCUCAAAAUAUCAACCUAGAGUAUGUGUACGAUUCUCUGAGAAAGUCGCUAGCAAAAGGAGAAUCAAGCACAGUCAGGACAUCCAAUGCAGGAAGCCCCCUGUUGAUGGAUAAUGCAGAAAGAGAAAGAAUGAUCACUUUUAGAAGGAAUGUGUCUGCUACUUGUGCUGAAGCACAUCCACAAUACCCGUUCUAUAUAACAGGAUGUGAGAUAAAUAAUGGUAGUCCUGCUGCAUUUUUAUGGCAAUUUGGUCAAGGGCGUGAAAUUGCUAGCUAUUAUGGAUGUCAAGGCAAGGUGACCAGAAUUCAUUUUGAUCAUUUUGGUCAAAAGUUUGGCGCAGGCGAUACCUAUGGAUCAUUAUGUCUGUGGCGCUUUGAUGCCCACAUACACUCAAACAAGCCUUACUAUACCAUUAACUGUCAUUCUAAAGCAACUAGAGACUUUACGUUCAUUAACUCAAGUAGUCUUAUCGCCACAGCUGGAACUUCCAUAGCAAUGAGCAGAAAACGAGAUCACGUUUGUUUAUGGGACACCCUCUUGCCACCAUCCAAAGCUAUGAUUUGCUCAUUACCUGGUCAUGAAUCAGGAGCAUAUGCCAUUUCGUAUGAACCGGAGAGCCAGCUACUCUUUUCCGGAGGUAAAAGAGGCGAAAUAGUCGUUUCUGACCUUCGACAGCGUACAACGAUGCAUACAUUUACAGCACAUCAAUCGCGCAUUAGAUCAGUAGCCAUUGACACAGAAAACAAGAUGCUAAUCACUGGUUCAGUCGAUGGUGAACUAAAGCUAUGGGAUGCUAGUACGUAUAAGCUGCAACAGACAGUUGAUGCACAACCGAGAAAUCGGUUCCUUGCUCCAUCAUUUAACCGAAUUCCAUUGAAAGCUUUUGGAGUAACACAAAUACAAGUCCUCGGAAAAGACAUUUAUACGUCAGGUCCCAAUGGUAUCACAAAAUGCCAGUCAACAUAUAGAAUGUAG